UAGUUCCAACCGGUUCGGACCAGCCCGGCUGUCCGGCCCCGCGCGGAGCAGCGGCCCCUGCCCGGAACGCGCAGGGGCAGCCGCUCGCCCAAAACCAUAAAUAGGCGGCGGCUGCCCCGCUGUCAGCAGCCAGUGCCGGGCUGUGCCGCGUCCCCGGUGCGCUGCCGGCUGCACCCGGGGGGACCGCAGUGCACAGAGGCCAGCCGGCUCCAGGCCCUACUGCAAUUGAGAUUUUCCAUAAUUUGUUAUAAAACAAGGAAGAAGAUCAUGAGAAUUGGUGGUUAUAAAACAUUGCAUCAAUUCAUAGAAAAGGAAACGGACAGAUACCUGUGCACUUGUUGAGAGAACUGACAACAGAAGGAGCAGAUAUGGAUUCUGAUAUCCAGGCUUCAUGACUUGGCUCCCCAGCAUAUCACUACUCAAACAGACUCCAUACUUUGACUCUUAUAUUGAUGCUCUGCAGAUCUGCUUAUUCUGUCUGCUGAAACAAUGGGCCUGAUGCAAACUCUACGAAUGCUUCAGCAGCUGCUGCAAACUUAAAAAAAACCCAGCAGGAAGACAAGUCUAGAACUGCUGUGGAAAUCAAGAUAGGGAAUGAAUAACUCCAAGGAAGCUGACUAGGGAGCCAGAAUGACUGCAGGAGCUGCCAGUGUUUGGUGAUUCCUGCAGAACUUGGAAACACUUCAGGUGCUCUGAGCUGAUGAUAAGGGAGAAGCCAAGGUAGAAUUACCCAGUGGAACUAGAGUUAUAUAUUCUAGAAGGUUGAAAGAGUCUAGAUCAUCUUCUAGCCGGCACUAGAAAAUGGUAUUGCUGAAGUCGCCAGAUGGUGGAUGGGGCUGGGUGAUUGUCCUUGUUUCCUUCUUUACUCAGUUCUUCUGUUAUGGGUCUCCAUUAGCAGUUGGAGUCUUGUAUCUAGAAUGGCUGGAUACUUUUGGAGAGGGGAAAGGAAAGACUGCUUGGAUUGGAUCCCUUGCAAGUGGAGUUGGAUUACUUGCCAGUCCUGUCUGUAGUGCAUGUGUGUCUUAUUUUGGAGCAAGACCUGUGACAAUCUUCAGUGGUUUUAUGGUGGCUGGGGGCCUGAUGAUGAGCAGUUUUGCACCAAAUAUAUAUUUUCUGUUUUUUUCAUAUGGAAUUAUUGUUGGGCUUGGCUGUGGCUUAUUAUAUACAGCAACAGUAACCAUCACCUGUCAGUAUUUUGAUAAACGCAGAGGCCUUGCACUUGGUUUGAUUUCAACAGGUUCAAGUGUUGGACUUUUUAUAUAUGCAGCAUUACAAAGGGAACUCAUUGAGCUAUAUGGACUAGAUGGAUGUUUGCUAAUAGUUGGCGCAUUAUCGCUAAAUAUACUAGCAUGUGGCAGUCUAAUGAGACCUUUGGAGUUAUCUGAUUCCCCUUUGCCAGAAAAGUCAUGCCUAGAAAAAGUUGCAGAUCAAUACUUGAUUUACCAUGAGAAAGAAAAUGUUGAAGAAAAUACAAGCAUCCUAGAAAAGGACUACAAUGAAGAAAAAUGUGUGAAUAUGUCCAGUCGUGAAUGCAAACAGGAUAGCAUUUUAAAUAAGAAUGGAUUAAUAUCGAUACAUGCAAAAGAGACAGACACUUAUAAACAGAAAGUUGUAGAACAAACAUACUUUUGCAAACAGCUUGCAAAGAAGAAGUGGCAACUGUAUUUAAACUACUGGGAGGAAACCUUGUUUCUUUUUAAAAACAAAGUAUUCUCAUCACUUUUUAUUGCCAUCUUACUUUUUGACAUUGGUGGAUUUCCUCCUUCGCUGCUUAUGGAAGAUGUAGCAAGAAGUUCAAACAUUAGUGAAGAAGAAUAUGUUAUGCCUCUUAUCUCCAUUCUAGGGAUUAUGACUGCAGUUGGUAAACUUGUUUUAGGAGUACUGGCAGAUUUUAAAUGGAUUAAUACUUUAUACCUAUAUGUAAUUACCUUAAUAAUGACUGGCGUGGCCUUGGUUGCAAUUCCAUUUGCGAAAAGUUACAUUUUACUGGCAAUACUUUCUGGAAUUUUAGGUUUUCUCUCUGGGAAUUGGUCAAUUUUUCCAUAUGUAACCACAAAGACUGUGGGAAUUGAGAAAUUGGCACAUGCAUAUGGGAUAUUAAUGUUCUUUGCUGGACUUGGAAAUAGCCUUGGACCACCAAUUGUUGGUUGGUUUUAUGACUGGACACAGACAUAUGACAUUGCAUUCUGCUUUAGUGGACUUUGUGUUCUGCUGGGUGGAUUUCUUCUGUUGGUGGCAGCUCUGCCAUGCUGGGACAACUGUAAUAAUCAGAGUGCAAAGCCACCUCCAAAUAUUUACUCCUACACAGUUGCAUCUAGUGUUUAAAUGGCAGCUGGAAAACACUUCAAUGCCUUUUUAUAGCAUGUACUAUAUAGCAAAAUAUUUUAGUAAUUUUUCCACUUAUGAAAUACAAAAAUCCUUUUACAAAUAGAAAAAAAUCCAAUGAUACUUGACAUUUGGAAUAAAUUAGGCCUCUUUUUUUAAUGGAGAAGGAUGGACUAAUGUCUCCCUUCAAAGGUUUCCAAUAGCUGUACAACAAGAGUCUUGGGGGGUUGGGGGGGGGGGGAACAAACCUUAUCACCUAGAAUGCAAUACGUUGGUGAGGUGCUUAUAUCAUGGUAAGGUCAAUGUUUCCUUUUUUAAGGUUCCCCGCUUUAUUGUAAAGUGCUAAUGAGAAAAAACUUCUAUUGCAUAACUGAAGUGAACAUUAUGGUAACAUUUAACAUUCUGCAUACCACUGCAAACUAAGAUGCUAUGCUACAAAUAUUUUGCUGCACGCUUUUUGAAAUUUGUUUAAAAACUGUUGAACCAAAAUCUUUCAAACCAAGGAAUAAAUAUGAUUGUUGAAACCA